AUGGCAUCGGUUGCUGAUACCAUAAGGAUGAACAACAAAAGGAAUAAAAAUAAUCUUUCAAAAAUUACUUACUUGACAGAGAGCAAGUCUGAAAACCUCAAAGAUGGUUAUAAAUGGCGCAAGUACGGCAAAAAAUCACUCAAAAAGAGCCCUUUUCCAAGGAGCUACUAUUAUUGCACUGCAAUUGGUUGCAAUGCAAAGAAGAGAGUAGAGCAGUACAUGGAUGAUCCCACCCAUGUACUAACCACCUAUGUGCGUUUGCACGCUCACGAUUUGACACCAAUCCUCCCUCCUCCAUCAAGAUCUUUCAACCUCUACAAUAACUCCACCGUAAGCCCCAAACUUGGUAAAGGAAGCGGUGUACAAAAACCUAUACUUUCAGAUACAAGUGCAGGUGCAAGAGAAAGAAUGUAUGCCAACAACGCUAUUAUUAGUGUUAAUGUUAGAACUGACAGUGAUAGUUGUGUUAAUGACGUUGACUCGAUUGAGGAUAUUGGUACCGGACUGCUUCAGGAUAUUAUUAGUUUGUCAUCAAUAGCACCUCAUUAUCAACAUCAUCAACCAACAUCUCUAUAG